AUGCCACAUUGGUCUCAUCAGCCACCUGGAGCGUUGGAGGGCGAGGAGACAGAGUGUAUCUGCACUGAGUGUAGGAAGGGCUUCCUUCAGUCAUCCCACCUGCUGACACACCAGCGUGUUCAUACUGGGGAGCGGCCAUACUCCUGCUCAACGUGUGGUCAGGGAUUCGCUCAGUUAUCCAGCCUGAUGACGCACCAGCGAGUUCAUGCUGUGGAAAGGCCGUUCUCCUGCUCGGAGUGUGGGAAGGGCUUUCAUUCACAGUUAUCCAGCCUGAUAACGCAUCAGCGGGUUCACACUGGGGAGAGGCCGUUUAGCUGCUCAACGUGUGGGAAAGGAUUCACUCAGUUAUCUCACCUGAUGAUACACCAGAGAAUUCACACCGGGGAGAGGCCGUACACCUGCUCCGAGUGCGGGAAGGGAUUCACUUGUUCAUCCCAUUUGCUGAAACACCAGAGAGUUCACACAGGGGAGAGGCUGUUCAAUUGCCCUGAGUGCGGGAAAGGAUUCACUCAGUCGUCCCAUUUGCUGAAACACCAUCGAGUUCACACCGGGGACAGACCGUUCUCCUGCUCAACGUGUGGGAAAGGAUUCACUCAGAUACCCAGCCUGAUGACACACCAGCGAGUUCACACUGGGGAGAAGCUGUACACCUGCUCCGAGUGUGGGAAGGAAUUCAUUCAGUCGUCCAAUUUGCUGACGCACCAGAGAGUUCACACUGGGGAGAAGCUGUACACCUGCUCCGAGUGCGGGAAUGGAUUCACUCGGCCGUCCCAUUUGCUGAGGCACCAGAGAGUUCACAUUGGGGAGAAGCCAUUCAAAUGCCCUGAGUGUGGGAAGGGAUUCACUCAGUCGUCUUAUCUGCUGAUACACCAGCGGGUUCACACUGGGGAGAAGCCAUACACCUGCUGCGAGUGCGGGAAGGGAUUCACUCAGUCAUCUCAACUGCUGAUACACCAGUGGGUUCACACUGGGGCGAGGCUGUUCUCCUGCUCAACGUGUGGGAAAGAAUUCACUCACUUUUCCAGCCUGAUGACACACCAGCGAUUUCACACUGGGGAGAAGCCGUACACCAGCUCCGAGUGCGGGAAGGGAUUCACUCGGUCGUCAUAUUUGCUGAGGCACCAGAGAGUUCACAACGGGGAGAGGCCAUACACCUGCUCCAAGUGUGGGAAGGAAUUCACUUGGUCGUCCAAUGUGCUGAUGCACCAGCGACUAGUUCACACUGGGGAGAGGCCGUUCCCCUGUUCAACAUGUGGGAAGGGAUUCACCCAUUCAUCUGCUCUGCUGAAACACCGGCGAGUUCACACCGGGGAGAGGCCGUACACCUGCUCUGAGUGUGGUAAGCGAUUCACUCAGUCGCACCAUUUGCUGUCACACCAGAGAGUUCACACCGGGGAGAGGCCGUACACCUGCUCCGAGUGCGGGAAGGGAUUCACUCGGUCGUCCCAUUUGCUGAAACACCAGCGAGUUCACACUGCAGAGAAAGAUUAAACAUGCUGUAUGCUCAAUCUGCCAUCAUCACUGCUACUGAAAUCUAGCGCAAAUUCACAAGUGUUGCAAGUGUUCACGGGGAUUGGAUUCUGUCGACGCUGCUGAUCUCGUCCAGGAUUGUACCCUGGUCAUUGGGCACAGUUCAUUUUUUUUGCAGUCUCUUUAACUGAGUUAGAGUUGGAUAUUCUGGAUCUCUGAUGAAAAUAAAGCAG